GAGCCGCGCGGGGCCUGCGCGGCGCGGCGCCGGGCGGGCAUGGCGGGCCGCGGCCGCCGCGCCUGGCUCAGCGUCCUGCUGGGGCUGGUGCUGGGCUUCGUGCUCGCCUCACGCCUCGUCCUGCCCCGCGCCUCCGAGCUGGCGGCGGCGGCGCGGCCCCGCCGAGCCCGCCCGCAGGCUUGCCGCCCGCCGCCCGCCGCCGCCGCUGCCGCCGCCGCCCCGCCGCCGCGCCGCCCCGGACCGCCGGCGCAGAGCUUCCUCUUCGUGGGGGUCAUGACGGCGCAGAAGUACCUGAGGAGCCGCGCCGUGGCUGCCCACCGAACUUGGUCCAAAACCAUUCCUGGCAAGGUUGAAUUCUUCUCCAGCGAGGGUUCGGACACCUCUAUUCCUAUCCCCAUCGUGCCACUUCCAGGUGUAGAUGACUCUUACCCACCCCAGAAGAAAUCUUUCAUGAUGCUCAAAUACAUGCAUGACCACUACUUGGACAAAUACGAAUGGUUUAUGAGAGCUGAUGACGACGUUUACAUCAAAGGGGACAAACUGGAGAACUUCCUCAGGAGUUUGAACAGCAGCGAGCCCCUCUUUCUUGGGCAGACUGGCCUCGGCACCACAGAGGAGAUGGGGAAGCUGGCGCUGGAACCGGGCGAGAACUUCUGCAUGGGGGGACCAGGAGUGAUCAUGAGCCGGGAAGUCCUGCGGAGAAUGGUGCCCCACAUUGGCGAGUGCCUGCGAGAGAUGUACACCACCCACGAGGACGUGGAAGUGGGAAGAUGCGUACGGAGGUUCGCGGGGGUGCAGUGUGUAUGGUCCUAUGAGAUGCAGCAGCUGUUUUAUGAAAAUUAUGAGCAGAACAAAAAAGGUUAUAUCCGAGACCUUAGGAACAGCAAAAUACACAGAGCUAUAACGCUGCACCCCAAUAAGAACCCCCCGUACCAGUACCGACUUCACAGCUACAUGUUGAGCCGCAAGAUCGCAGAGCUGCGCCACAGGACUGUACAGCUGCACCGCGAAAUUGUCCUGAUGAGCAAAUACAGCAACACAGAAAUCCACAAAGAUGACCUGCAGCUGGGGAUGCCGCCCUCCUUCAUGCGAUUCCAGCCCCGCCGCCGGGAGGAAAUCUUGGAGUGGGAGUUUCUUACAGGAAAGUAUUUGUAUUCGGGUGCCGACGGGCAGCCUCCUCGGCGAGGAAUGGACUCUUCUCAGCGUGAAGCCUUGGAUGACAUUGUUAUGCAGGUCAUGGAAAUGAUCAACGCCAACGCUAAGACCCGGGGGAGGAUCAUAGAUUUCAAGGAAAUACAGUAUGGCUAUCGCAGAGUAAAUCCGAUGUACGGAGCAGAGUACGUCCUCGACUUGUUGCUUCUGUACAAAAAGCAUAAGGGGAAGAAGAUGACCGUCCCCGUCAGGAGGCACGCGUACUUGCAGCAGACGUUCAGCAAGAUCCAGUUCAUGGAGCACGAAGAGAUGGACGCCAAAGAGCUGGCCAGCAAAAUCAACCAGGAUUCUGGAUCCUUGUCCUUCCUCUCCAACUCGCUGAAGAUGUUUGUUCCCUUCCAGCUCAGCAGAUCAAAAGUCGAAAGGAAGGAACUCAAAGACAAGAAGAUCAACAUCCUGAUUCCCCUGUCUGGACGUUUUGACAUGUUUGCAAGGUUCAUGGGGAAUUUUGAAAAGACGUGCCUCAUUCCAAACCAGAACGUCAAGCUGGUUGUCCUGCUUUUCAAUUCCAACUCCAACCCUGACAAAGCGAAGCAAAUCGAGCUGAUGAGAGAUUACCGCUCCAAAUACCCCAAGGCUGACAUGCAGGUUUUACCGGUGUCAGGGGAGUUCUCGAGGGCGCUGGCUCUGGAAGUCGGAUCUUCUCAGUUCCAGAACGAGUCUUUACUUUUCUUCUGUGAUGUUGACUUAGUGUUUACCACAGAAUUCCUCCAGCGAUGUAGAGCCAAUACGGUUUUGGGUCAACAAGUAUACUUUCCCAUCAUUUUUAGCCAGUAUGAUCCAAAGAUUGUUUAUAGUGGAAAAGUUCCUAGUGACAAUCAUUUUGCCUUCACCCAGAAAACAGGUUUCUGGAGGAACUAUGGCUUUGGUAUUACCUGCAUUUACAAAGGUGAUCUUCUCCGAGCAGGUGGCUUUGAUGUCUCCAUCCAAGGUUGGGGCCUGGAAGACGUAGACCUAUUUAACAAAGUCAUUCAAGCUGGCUUAAAAACUUUCCGAAGCCAAGAAAUUGGAGUAGUCCAUGUGCAUCACCCUGUUUUUUGUGACCCUAAUCUUGAUCCAAAACAAUAUAAAAUGUGCUUGGGGUCCAAAGCCUCAACGUAUGGGUCCACACAACAGCUGGCUGAAAUAUGGUUUGAAAAAAAUGACCCAAAUUUUGGGAAAAGCAGCAAUACUAAUGGCUCAGUGAGGACAGCCUAAUGUCCAGCUAUGCUGGAAAAGACUUUUUUUUUAAUUAUCUAAUUUAUUUUUGGGAAAAUGUUUUUUGAUAAUUCACUUUUAAAAGACCACACAGGAUAUAUUUUAGAAAUCAUCAUUGUUUUCUUACAAAGCGCUCGUUUUGAGAAGAACAAGGCCAUUGUUUUUUUUUGUUGUUGUGUUUUUGGUUUUGAACAAAACUGUGAUCAAUAUUUGCCUUCAAACAAAAAAAAUUGUUUAAGAGUUACCUGACCAAUCAGCGGAUAUCUGACUUGAAUUAGAAUUUCCUUAUGAACAAAAGAUUGUUUCCUACCUUUUCCGUUGCUGUCUUCAUUGCUGGGAUUCUGUAAAUUGGGACCUGAGCGUGCAAGCCAAGUGACAAAACGGUGUACCUAAAUGUUUUGUUGUGACGGCUACCGUGCAAAGAUUCUGCUUCUUUUGUUAAGGAUAGCCAUUAUUUUUUAAAUUGCGUUAGAACAAAACAAAUCAGUGUGGUGAUGAUAAGGGUACUAAUUGCAGGAGAUUUUUCUUCCAAAUGGCUGAUUAUUUCAGUUUAAAAAUACACUUCCACUUACUAUGGCCAGGUGGCUUCAAGAGAGGGAAGAAAGUAAGCACAACCUGCUAUCCGAUUAGUCCCUGUAGAAAUUUUUGUCUUUUAUAUUUGGUCCAUAUAUGGACGUAAUGUUUUAAGAAUCCAUGGUGGGUUCUGUGUAUUAUCCUCAACCGCUGUCCUGUCUAGAGCUGGGAUGAUGUGAUCAAGAAAUGCCGAAGCAUAACGAGGGAGGGGAAGAGGAUGGGGAAUGCGAAUCUCUUGCAGCAAAGCAACAGUACACAAUGAACAAUUAGAGAUCCCUAACGAGAACUUUUAAAAAUCUUCUGUACCGAGUGUGCUGCACCUGAAUGCAUUGAUUUUGUUCAGUCGGUUACGUGAUGUUAAUGGGAACAAUUAUUACAUUUGAUUACUAGUUUUGUUUUGGGAUUAUUUUUUUCUGUAUCUGAUAGACUGUUAAUUUAUUUAAUAUCCAUUGUUUUAGGUUCUUGACCUUUCCUUGAAUAUCUGUUAGUCAUUUUAAUAUUUUAUAUAUAUAUAUAUGUGUGUGUAAAUAUAUAUAUAUAUAUUAGGAAUGUAUUGCAUCUUCUCACUGAUAAGGUAGUGUACAUCAUACUUGCAGUAAAUGACCUCCAAAGAUUACUUUCUAAAAUAUUUUUUCAUGAAUCUUUUUUCCCAAAUUUAUUUCACAUUUUUGGAAUGACUUCAGUAAGCUUAAGAAUUUUUUUGGUAUUCUAAGAGGAACUGGGGAUGGGGAGGCGGAAUACAAGGAGCGUGUGAUCCCUAUGAAUUGACACCUAGCAAGGUAAGAGAAAAUUAUACAAAAUAAAGUGCCUUAAAGCCAGAAGGGGAGCCCUUUACACUGGGACUUAGUGGAUGGACAUUGUCAUUGAAGCAGAUGAUCUGUUGGGACCUACCUACCUGUAAAUAUCUUGCUCAGCAGAAAUUAAAAAUAAAAACCAGCGAACAAUAUAUUUUUCUAUCGUAUCCCCCAGCACCAUUUCGUCUCAUUGCUCUCAGUUCCACUUUGCCUACUCUUUGGGAAGUGGAGACUAGCGAAGGAACAGAGGAAAACUGAUGCUUAGGUUGUUGCCAUGUUUGAAGGGAUCUUAUGGAGUAAUUGCUAUUCCAGUAGAAGAAAUAACCAUUGUUUACACGUGUAUGGAAUAUGAACUGCAACUAGUGUAGAGUCAAUGUCUUAUAAUGUUCAUCGUUUUUUGGUGACAGUCCCAAGGAUGUAGGUACUUGGAUGGAUUCAGUGCAUGAAAAAUCUCUCUCUCUUUUUUUUUUUUUUUUUUUUUUUUUUUAAAGACUUGCUUCUGAGAUGCAAUAAAGAUUUUUUUAUUUGCAAUUGGAGUUUCUCAUGUCAUCUGCCUCAGUCCGUAUCUUUUCAAACAGCAUAGGCACAGCCACAAAGGUGAAGCAGUUUUGGGAAGUAAGUCCAGGUAAAAGGAUCUCCCUCUUACAAAGGGUUCUGACCUCAGUGUUGUGUUUUGGCCUGGAAUAAACCUAAUGCCACAUACCUGGGCUCUGGGGAAAGGGAAAACAAAUCCGUUCGUCAGACUCUGGUGUACGCUGCCGUCGCUGCCCGCGCUGAUGGGCUGUGCGAUUUUCUGGGGCAGCUGGUCGUCUCUAAAGGAGGUGUUUGAGUUUUUCCUCCUGAAAAGAUUAAAAGUGUUUUUGCUGUCUGAAAACAUCCAUAACUAUACAUUUAAAACGCAUAUGAUGACAAGGCUGAAUAAUUUUGUCAUGUUUUGUGUAUUCAAAGCACAGUAAAAAUAAUUAUUGUGUCAAGCACUUAUUUUUAAUAGCUCUGCCAGUCUUAUCAGCCAUUUAAUAUUGGUGUGAGGCUUUUUUAUGAAAAAAUUAAGUCCCAAAGAAUCUUAUGGAUUAAGGAAUUGUUUCUUCACACAAGGGAAAGAAAAAAAAAUAAAAGCAACUAGUAUUUGUGGCUGCAGAAAGGAGCUUGAAGAAUAUGAACCCAAAAGAACAGUACCAAAAGACGGGGGAGAAAAAAGCCCUGUACUUAUACUGUCUUUAUUAACAUUUAUGAUUAUGUAGGACUUUUUUUAGCUCAUAACAGCCGGUAAAAGCAGAAUGCAUGUAAAUGGAAAAAGCCAUUUAAUGCAAAGCACCCAUCUGGUACUGAGGUUUUUUUCUCUCAGUUGCCGCAAUUCUGAUUCAGUUACCAAAUCUGUCCAAGCAGCAUUAAAAACAAGUUUUACAACAAGCUUGCAGGCAACUCUUGAGGCCCCACAUCUUAAUUGACCACAUAUUUUAUGGACUCGCAGCUUUAGAGUAAUCCAUUUUAAAGUUAAAUUUCAAAUUAUAAUCAUCUAUGAUAAAGUCUAACCUUAUAAAACCCAUUUUAUAUUAAAAAAAGUGGUAUUAGCUGCCCAGGGUGUAAGGAGCUUAUUCAGGUGGAAGUCAUCGGCUGGCAAGCGCUAGCCCAGCCUCUGACAAAAAUCCCUUCUGGGGCUGGAACGUUUCAUUUGCAGUUUACUCUGGUUGUUCGGUUCAGAGAGAAGUUUACUUCAUGCUGAGAAGCCAGCUGGUGUUGGAGGAUCCAGGAGGGUUUGCCUCCAGUCCAUUUUGAAAAAAAAAAGGUAUGAAAAAAUGAGAUGGUGUCAACCUGAAAUGGAAGAACGUGGUGACCAAGAGUCAUGUGCUGAGGUUUGCUAUAUAUUGAGAUGCUUCUCCUCUUCGUUACAACAAAUUAAAAUGUGAGAUGCUUCUUUCCCUCGUUCUUCUAGUGCACGUAACCCCUGCCAGAUGCCGUGCCGGUCGUGGGUGCGCUCGCAGCAAUGCAACUCCCGCCCAAGCAGAGCUUUGCAGCCCUUCAACGCUUGGGUUUAAACUCUUCCACCUUUUCUGGGCAUCCCCGGGUGCCGUUCCCCUUGGCCACGUUGGCUCCGCUCGCCCUGGCCCGUGUCUCAGGGUUGGCAGGCUGGUGGCCCUGGAGGGCUUUGGGGGCCCCUUGUGUCUGCGGAGCUGCAGGAGCGGCCACCUCCCACCAGUGACUGGCGGGGGACCGUGUUUUGAAGGGUUGACCCGUCACCAUCCUCACCCUUCAGGUAUCUUUGCUCCCCGGCCCCGUGUUGCUUGUUGGAGAGCCUGGUUAUCCCGUGGCUGGCUGCAGGAACGGCCGAAAUUCACUGUGAGCCUCGAGCUGGGGCGUCCCGGGGCCACGCUUGGCUCUUUGUUCAUGAACAUUCACCAGUCACUGGAGUUAAAUGGCACGUGAAACUCCAGGCAGAGGCAGCGCCGGGGGGGAAGCUGGAUUUAUUACCAGUUUUCUAAAAGCAGUUCCCUCCCAGCAGCUCGUUUCUUUGCUGAAGGAUCAACGAUGGCGAAAAGAGGCAAAAGGGAUGGGGAAAGCAAGGGGCCGGGUCCUUUCGGUGACCAUCGUGCUCGAUGUGACUAUUUACAGGUUAAAUAUUUAUAUGUAACUUUGCAGAGUCAUGGUCCAUGGAAGGAUUUCAAGUUUUGGUCCUUUAGGCACAGUGGGGUUUUAUUGCUCUGAAAAAUCAGUGACCAGCUCCAGGCUCCACGCAGCUUCCCUGGACCUGGCUGUACGGUUCCUUUCAGCAAAAUCAGCAAGAAAGUCCUGCUGACCCCAAAUCUGCUUAGUCUGAGUUUUUGUUGAAGCUCUAACUUUACAUUGCAAAUUAUUAGCCUAAGUCGUUUCGCAUGAAUACUUGCUAAAAAUACUCUGCUUCCACAGCCAGCCUCACUCGAAAGCUUUUUGGAAAGAAAAUCUUUCAGAGUUAUUAAAAAUGGAGCAGGUUAGUGCCUUGCCUGGGGCAGAUGCAUCCAGGUCCCCGUGGGUUGUUCCUCCUCUGCUCUGGGACGUGGUGGCGGGGCUGGUGGGUCACUGUCCACCUUAGGACCUAUUUUAAACAAAUGUUUUUGUACCCAGGCCUGCACUCUAUCAACGGGAGUUAUUGCGCUGACUGGAGGGAAUUCAGGUUGUUUUGGCCUCAGUUGGAGCUCAAAGGCCACCUCCUCCGCGGGCAUGGGCAGCCUUGGCGACAUCCUAGGCUCCCCAGCCAAGGCAUGUUGAGCUGCAGUGCAGCCGCAUCCCAGGAGGUUUCUUUCCCCGACUCUUUUACUGGAUUUCACCCGGCUGCUGUUGCCAGAAGCACUUUUAUUCCUCACGUCCAAACUGCUGCCGACGCUUUCCCAGGUGCAAGAAACCCAUCCACCUCCUUUCCGAGCUCCAAAACCCAUCUCCCGGCUCUCCUCCAGCCCAGGAAUCUCUACCACCUUUUAAAUCACAUUUAUGAGCCGGGUGAAAAAAAUUGCAUUAACAUCAAAAAAAUAACAGACCGAAUACUGGGCUGGCUGUAUUUACUUUCACACUUUAAUUCAAUAAAAACCUCAACUUUAAUUGACCUGAA